GCAGCAGCCUCAGUACCAGGCAGUGCUCUCCCUCUCAGUACUGAACUGGAUAGAUAGAGGAGGAGGCUGCUGCUACAUGCUGCCGCCGCCGCCACCGCUCCUGCUGCUACCGCUGCCCCUGCCUUUGUCGUAGAGAGGAACGUUUAUCACCGCGGCCACUCUCGAGCCAGUGGGAUAUUGUUUUUUAAUUUUUAUUUUUUUUACUUUUUUCUUUUUUAUACGGAUUCCGAAGAGGGAAUAAAGCAGUCACGGCCGUACCAAUGUACUCACUACACGAGGGCAGCGGUCUGUUCCUGCUGGCGGUCUUGGCAGGACUGCAGAUUGCAGCAGAGGGCAGGGGCACCCCACCAUGCCGGCCGGGCUUCUCUGAAGAUGUAUACAAGGUUGUGGUGCCAGAUAUGAUGGAGAGAGGACAGCCCCUUUUUAACGUGAGGUUUGUUGACUGUGGGCGAGGCGGUCUGGUGCAGUUUGAAUGCAGUAACCCAUCAGACUUUCGGAUAGAAGUUGAUGGAGUGGUUUACGCUGCCAGGAGUAUUCAGCACUCUACACUCCCUUUGUCACCGCUGUUGAUCAAGGCCAGCGACACUGCCACUCAGCAGCAAUGGGUGACUCAAGUCAGGCUGAUGCCCUCCACAAGCUCCAGCCAGCAGGUCCAGGAAGCUGCUGCCCCUCCAGUCAUGUCAAAGGAUUUGAAGGAAAUAACAUUUCCAUCACGAAAUAUGGACAGCCAACUCAAACGCAGAAAGAGAGACUGGGUCAUCCCCCCAAUCAACGUCCCAGAGAACUCACGAGGCCCGUUCCCGCAAGAGCUUGUCCGGAUCCGCUCAGACCACGACAAGAACCGUUCCCUUAGAUACAGUGUCACAGGCCCGGGUGCUGACCAGCCCCCCACAGGUAUCUUCAUCAUCGACCCAAUCUCUGGAGAGCUUUCUGUCAACAAACCUCUGGAUCGAGAACACAUACCCAGUUUCCAUCUGAGGGCUCACGCGGUGGACCUGAACGGCAACCAGGUAGAAAACCCUAUUGACAUUGUGAUCAAUGUGAUCGACAUGAACGACAACAGACCUGAGUUCACUCAUCAGAUCUGGAACGGCACUGUUCCAGAGGGUUCCAAGCCAGGAACCUUUGUCAUGACGGUAACAUCCGUCGACAAAGAUGACCCUAAAACUGCAAAUGGGAUGCUGCGCUACAAGAUCCUGUCUCAGAACCCGGAGAGUCCAACCUCCAACAUGUUCACCAUCAACAAUAAGACUGGAGGCAUCAUCACAGUGGCUGCAGGGCUCGACAGAGAGAAAGUGCCUCAGUACACGCUGAUCAUCCAGGCCACUGACAUGGAGGGCAACCCGAUGUACGGUCUCUCUAACACAGCCACUGCUGUCAUCAGAGUCACUGACAUUAACGACAAUCCACCUGAGUUUACUGCUGAGACGUUUUUCGGUGAGGUUGAGGAAAAUCGUGUGAAUGUCAUCGUGGCCAACCUGACAGUGACUGACAAGGACCAGCCCAACACGCCUGCGUGGAAUGCAGUCUAUAAAAUUACCGGUGGCGACCCCACUGGCAGGUUCUCCGUGCCCACUGAUCCCACCACUAACGAGGGCCUGGUUACGGUAGUGAAGCCCAUUGACUAUGAAAUCAGUAGAACAUAUGUGCUGACAGUGGAAGCAAGGAACGAGGUACCCCUGGCCAGAGGCAUCCACUCCCCUCGUCAGUCCACCGCCACUGUCUCCAUCAGGGUGAUAGAUGUCAAUGAGAGUCCUUACUUCGAGCCCAACCCCAAACUCAUCAGACUGGAGGAGGGAAUGAUGCCAGAGUCGACACUGACCACCUUUACUGCACAGGACCCUGAUCGCUUCAUGCAGCAGAGCAUCAGAUACUCCAAACUCUCAGAUCCAGCCGGCUGGUUGAGGAUUGACCCGAACACAGGCCGAAUCACAACAAUUGCUAUCUUGGACCGAGAGUCACCCUAUGUGAAGAACAGUCUGUACAAUGCAACCUUCCUGGCUUCUGAUAGUGGUAAACCUUCAGCAAGUGGCACAGGCACUCUCCAAAUCUACCUACUGGAUAUCAACGACAACGCUCCUAAAGUGUUCCCUCAGGAGGCAGAGAUAUGUGAAAAGCCUGAGCCAAAUGCCAUCAAUAUCACAGCGCUUGAUGGAGACUUGAACCCCAACGCCGGGCCGUUUGCCUUCGAGUUAGCCCACCGACCCUCUGAUGUGAGGAGAAACUGGACCAUUACGAGAAUCAGUGGUGACUACGCUCAGAUGAGCCUGAAGAUUGGCUUCCUUGAAAGUGGCAUCUAUGAAGUCCCCAUUAUAAUCACAGACUCGGGAAACCUGCCCAUGUCCAACACUUCCUAUCUGAGGAUUAAAGUGUGCCAGUGUGACAUCAAUGGUGACUGCACUGACCAGCAGCACAUCAUGGCUGCCGGUCUGGGCACUGGUGCCAUCAUCUCCAUCCUCCUCUGCAUCAUCAUCCUCCUCAUUCUUGUGCUGAUGUUUGUGGUGUGGAUGAAGCGUCGUGAUAAAGAACGUCAGGCCAAGCAGCUUCUCAUCGAUCCAGAGGAUGAUGUGAGAGACAAUAUUCUCAAGUAUGAUGAAGAAGGCGGAGGAGAGGAGGAUCAGGAUUACGACCUCAGUCAGCUCCAGCAGCCUGACACGAUAGAGCACGAUGCCAUCAAGCCAGUAGGAAUCCGCCGUCUAGACGAAAGACCCCUCCACCCUGAGCCACAGUAUCCUAUGAGGUCAGCAGCACCCCACCCUGGAGACAUCGGAGACUUCAUUAAUGAGGGGCUGAAGGCAGCAGACAACGACCCCACCGCUCCCCCCUACGACUCCCUGCUAGUGUUCGACUACGAGGGCAGCGGCUCCACAGCCGGCUCCCUAAGCUCCCUCAACUCCUCCAGCAGCGGGGGCGACCAGGACUACGAUUACCUCAACGACUGGGGGCCUCGCUUUAGAAAACUGGCAGACAUGUACGGCGGAAGCGAUGACUAGGACACACAGCCACUCCCAGAAGGAUGAAAACAUGAAGAAUAAAAAAAACAUGAGAAGGAAAGAUUUCUUGUUGAUGGACACAGACGGCUUCUGAUAUUCCCUGAGAGAGUGACAGAACUGUGACAGAAAAGAAACAAAAAAACAAACAUUGAUUCAGAAAUAUUUUCAAACACAACCAACCUAGGCUUAUUGUUGUAGUCUACGCAUACAUAUGCUUGUUGAAAGCUUAGGCAUAGGCUGUGGUCCAGUUUUGGAGCCCGUGGGAGGGAACACUGGUGGACUGUCACCACUUGGAUUGUUGGUAUUGAAUGCGCUCAGUUACACUUGAAUUUCACAGUACAGAAGCACUGGGAUAUAAUGUGCCUUUUUGUACAUUUUUUUGGAUCUAAAUGAUUAGUUUUAUGUUCAAGGCUUUAAUGGUACUGACUUUUGGAGUGAUUUCAAACAAAGUAUGUUACACUCUGGUAUGCUUCUACAUGCUUUUUUCUUUGGUUCCACAAUGCUCCUGUUUGUUGAAGAUUAUUUAAAUACAAAGAAAAUGAAGGAUCAUCUGAUAGCUUCAGAUGGAAGGAAGAACAAUUAAGAGCAGCACUGUACAGUACGCUAGACUUCUAGACUUUUUUCACUAAAAAAUAAAAUUAUGCAGCUGGUUGCAAUGAAAGGGAGUUCCGAAUCAUACUUUUGUAGCAGAUUUUAUUUCUUUUUUUUUCUGAAGUGAUGUAGUAUUUUACAAAAACAACAAAAAAACUGUUUUGGUCUAAUCUAUGUACACUUCAUUUGCCUUAGUCAUCAUCUGAUAUUUUCAAGUUUUACUUCACUGUAAAAAGAUGUGUGUACAUAAUGUUUUUUCUUUAUCUUUUUUCCUUUUGAUGUAGUAUAUGAAAAAGUGCAAAAAGUUCCAAACUUGUAAAUGUAUAAUUUGGACUACAAAUUCAAGUUUUUUGCAUGUUUUUAUCUUUUCAUGACAACAAAAAUGAAAACUGUUGUUUCCCAAAUUUAUUUACAAAGUGAAAAAAUAAAAAUCUGGGUGACAUUAAAUGUGUAGAAGUAAAGAGAGUUUUUUUGUAUAAAACCUGAAAAAAACAGAUAAAAAAUGGAAAAGUAGUGAUCUGUCAGCACAACUGUCGAAUUUGUACCAAAAAGGGGGAGGGGUGGGCUGGGGUGACAUGCUAGGCACUAAUUACUGGAUCAGCUUUAAGACUGGAAAAGGUUUUGGACUUAAGACGUGUGGAUAACCAUGUGUACUGGAAAACAAAUUAUACAUCUCUGACCCCAACCAUCCAAAUAAAAUGCUA